AUGAAUGCACUGAAAUGGGGGUUGGAGAUUGACUUUGUACUCAUGAGGUACUUGAGAGACCUGCCCAAGGACCUUCUCCCGCACACUUUGGCCGUAUCUUAUGGGGCCGAAGAGGACGACCUUCCAGAUGCUUACAUGCGCAAAUCUUGCGACAUGUAUGGCGAGCUUGGCGCAAGGGGCGUUACAAUUCUAUAUGCUUCAGGCGACAACACGCUCGUCAAACAUUGCAUAACCGACAACAAGAAAUUUCUCACAGUGUACCCAGCCUCUUGCCCAUACGUCACUUCAGUCGGAGGUACUCGUUUCGUCGAUCCUGAGGUGGCCGCCCCUGAUUCUUCAGGUGGCUUUUCCGACCUCUUCCCUCGUCCUGACUGGCAAGAGAAUGCGGUAAACCCCUACCUUGAUGCUUUGGGGACUCGCUAUACUGGUUUGUACAACUCCAGUGGCAGAGGUGUCCCAGAUAUCUCUGCUCAAUACUACAACUACCUGAUUGUGGACGACUUGAUGAAAAGGCCCAUCGGUGGUACUUCUGCUUCAGCACCCGUCCUCGCAGGAAUUAUCGGACUAGUCAACUCUGCUCUUAUCGGUGCUGGUAAGAGUCCGUUGGGUUUCAUGAACCCGUUUCUCUACUCAGGCGGCCACAAAGCAUUCCAGGACGUUGUCGAUGGUGGCAGCAGAGGCUGUGGUGAGGAGUUGUCAUCUACAGGCUGGGAUGCAGCCAAAGGUUGGGAUCCAGUGACAGGAUUCGAGACACCUGAUUUCGAGAAAUUAUUGAGCAUCGCAAUGCAGCAACAGAGCUGA